AUGUCACAUUCUUCUCGAAAUUCCACCCUAAUCUUUAGUGCAAUUCUUCUCACAUUCGGAUGCCUCUUUCAUUUGAUUCAUAUAAUCGCAGGAAUUGCUUUGCAACAUCAAUUCGUCCUUCACUAUUGGCAUACGAAAGCAUUCACAGCUCUCAUGAUACUUUCCAUUGGUUCCAUGUCACUCAUUCUAGUGAUUUGCUUUCUCACCACAUUGCCACAACUUUCUCAACUUGCCAUCAUGAAAAAGCUCAAACGUUGGUUUUCAAAAUGUGGUUGUUUCGUAUCGGAUAACACUCAAAUGAUCCUUCUCUUUGUGUCUCUUAUUGUUUCUGUGUUAUUUGGAGGGGCUCCACUGAUUGGAGAAUGUGUUCUUUUAGGAAAGUUGUUGAACGACCUUUUUGUUUCGGAAUCUUUGGUAGUAUUCAUGAUUGUGUUGUGUUGUUGUCAAUGUUUGUUAGUUUUUUUAAUCCCAAUCGAUGUGGGUUUGAAAAUGAAGGAACUCUUUGAAAAACCGGAUAGUGAACAUGUGGAAAACAAUGCUCACUAUGAAGAAACAUCGAAUUUUAACACAACAGACUCACAAACCUUCACUGAGGUCCCUGAUUCGAUGAAUGUUUGA